UGUUAACCAUAAAAACGGCUGUGGACACCAAAUUACAGACGCAUCAAACAACUCAAAUAUCUUUCUUUGUAGUUAACAACAUAAAAAAUUACAACUCCAACCCAACAAGAAAGAAAGCAAGCCCUUGGAAUUUUGUGUUGUUUCUCUCUUUCUCUUUCUAUGGCUUCUGUGUCUCUGUCUUCUCUAUCUUUGGCUCAUAGAAGGAGACCAGAUGCUGCUGCUCUUACUUUCAGUUCAAGUGAUUUGAGGUUUCGUUCAGGUUCUGUUGGAUUUGGUUUGGCAAAGAAGAAUCAAAGAGUCAGGGUCUCUGUUUGUAGAGCUUCUUCUCUUUUUAUUCGCAAUCUUGAUGCUGAUGAUUUUAGACACCCUCUUGAUAAACAGAAUACACUGAUUUUGAGGGCAAUUCCAGGAUUAAAUGAACUGGGGAAGGUUCUAUUAGGGUCUGUGACAGAGCAAAUCAUGCUUCUAGAAAAUAUUGGGACUUCAGUUCUUGUUUCUAAAAAUCAGCUUUCUGAACUUCAUCAAUUGAUGACUGAGGCUGCGCAAAUAUUGAACAUGGAGGCCCCUGAUCUAUAUGUUCGGCAAAGUCCUGUACCAAAUGCAUAUACUUUAGCCAUAAGUGGGCAAAAGCCAUUUGUUGUUGUGCAUACCAGCCUCGUGGAGCUUCUAACAAGAAAGGAGUUGCAGGCUGUCUUGGCUCACGAGUUGGGUCAUCUGAAAUGCGAUCACGGAGUAUGGCUCACGUUUGCAAAUUUUCUUACACUUGGAGCCUAUACUGUCCCUGGAAUUGGUUGGUUGAUAGCUCGGAAUUUAGAAGAACAAUUAUUCCGUUGGCUCCGAGCAGCAGAGCUAACUUGUGACCGUGCAGCCCUUCUUGUUGCCCAAGACCCUAAGGUGGUCAUCUCUGUUUUGAUGAAAUUAGCUGGGGGAAGCCCAUCAAUUGCUGAUCAGCUAAACGUUGAUGCAUUCUUGGAACAAGCGCGCUCUUAUGAUAGAGCUUCUUCAAGCUCAGUGGGAUUGUACAUAAGAAAUGCUCAAACAAAACAACUCUCACAUCCUCUGCCUGUUCUGCGAGCUCGUGAAAUUGAUGAAUGGUCGAGAAGUCUUGACUACCAGCAGCUUCUGAAACGUGCAAUACAGAUAACCACUCCACAGAAUGUUUAGAAGAUGGUCAAAAUGUGAACAAAUUGAUGAGGUUUCCUCUCUCUCAUAGCUAACUCGUAAUCUUUGGAAAAAAACGACGGCUAAGCACAAGGGUGCAGGAGAUGGAGGAUCUGAUGAGCAUUUGCAAUCUUCCUAAGAACCUUGAUUUUUCGUGGCACUAUAAAUCGACAGUAACUAGAAUCAUAUAUUUAUAUAUAUGGCCUUCGUUGUCUGCCAAUCUUGUCCAUGUAUAUAAAAGGGCUUUGAGAUUUAUCCUAGUUUGUUUUCUCAUAGAACACACUAAGUAAUACGGUCUUGUAUUACGGAUAUUAUCAACAUGUGAAGUACUCAGAUAGCAUACACAACGCUUGUAUCAAUAAAUAUAAUGCAUUGCUUUGCUCA